AUGGUUGAUCCACUAGGUGUGGCCGAGCUAGCCCUUGGCACUGGGUCAUUAACUCUACAAGCGGUCGAUGAAUGUAUUAAAUUUUAUAAGUUGUUUGCCGAAGCGUCGCAUAUGCCCGAGACUCAGAGGUUUCUACAGGUCCGGCUACAAAUGGAGCAACAACGAUUUCUUAACUUUGCAGAAGAAGUCGGAUUCUUAUCAGCCGACGCAGAUCUUAACCGGUCCUUGUCCGCCCAUUCCUCAACGAUUCAGGGAGCUGUGCUAGAAUUGAAGACGCUAUUCGAGAAGUUUCAGCAGGUGAAUGGGAGAUAUGUUUCCCUAACGCCACACGAUGAGUCUAGUGAAAGCGCCUCGCCGCCAAGCUUAACGGACCUCCUGCAUGACACGAAAACAAGAGUGGAAAGUAUCAACCUAGUAUCAACCAUCAAAGAAGAAGCAAAGUCGUCAGAGGUAGGCUCCAUCAUCGAAAAUGCGAAAAAGAGAGCCGCGAAACUUCGUAAAAUAGUCACCGAGCCAAGGCGUCUGGUCUGGGCUGCAUUUGACCAAGACAAGUUCAUUGAGCUUGUGAGGAAGCUAUCCGAGAUCAACACAUACCUCAUUGCGUUUCUUGAUGACGCGCGGGCGCGGAAGAUCGAAAAGGCGACGGAAGCGAGCUAUCUCGAGAUGCUUCAAAUGCGAAACGACGUCGAUGGAUUGAAAGCCAUCGUUCAAGCAUUGACGCACGUGGCUUAUCAGAAUCAAGUGGUUCGCUGGACCCCGACCACAACAGAAGCGCUUGAAUUUCCUGCUGCGACAGUCAAAGUACAAGCCAGCAUGAGACGUAUGAUAACCAUGAGGCAAUUGGCAAACAUCAAAAUUCAUCGGUUGGAAGUCAGCCAGGAUGGCGAGUCCGAUUUAGGCACUACCCCGGCCAGGCUUGACAACGACUUCAAUAUCACAGAUUCGUUUGCACCCGGAGAAAUUACUGACUCGCGGCAAAUCAUAUCGUUGAGCAAACAGAACGUGUGGCUAGAGCUGCUUAGCAUUGCGCUGCCCGAGGAUUUUCGAUCCCCCCAUUGUCAGGGAUACAUCAGAAUACAUGACAAGGGCAGCCAACCAAUCUUCAAAUUGGUUCUCAAGGCCCCUGAUGAGAUACAUUCCCCGGUGACCAUUUUCAGCCUCCGGGACCUCCUAGCUGCAGUGCCGAUGCCUUCUCUCUCACGACGCGCUGCACUGAGCCUCACAUUAGCAACGUCUCUGGGGAAUUUCCACAACGUGGGCUGGCUGCACAAAGGCCUUCGAAGCCGGAAUAUCCUCCUCGUUAGCUCAAACCUGAAGACAGCGGAUCUCAGCCAGCCCUACAUCACAGGCUUCGAACUCUCACGCCCGAGCGAGAUGUCAGAGCUAACAGACAAGGCAAGAUUUGAACCAGAAGUGGACAUGUAUCGACACCCGUUGGUCCAAGGAGGGGAAAACGCUGGCGCAUACGGCAAAGCGUAUGAUCUCUACAGCUUAGGUAUCGUAUUCUUGGAGAUUGCGUACUGGUCACCUAUCGAAAGCAUUCUAAACAUUGAGAACGUGGGUACUCUCACUGCCGAAAAAUUACGCUCCAUUCGUGCCACGAUCAUCGACGAUGGACGAGAAAUCGAGCCAAAUGCACUAGAGGGCGGCAUCGAGCUCCUGACUUCAUCACACUUUGUAGAAUCUAGAUUUCUGCAGAGGGUGGCCGCUCUCUGUGGCGACCUUUACCGCGACAUUGUCCAGCUCCUCCUUCGCGCUACCGAGAUCGAGUCUCCCGUUUAUCGUGGGGAGAAGGCGGCCUCUCGCCACCGGAGGCUGCAGGAUAUUUUUCGAGAGGGAGUGCUGGAGCGGCUGCAGAAAAUCAACGAGGGAUUUUAG